AUGAGUCCGAUAGCAAGAGCCAAAUCGCUUGACCACCUCGUCUUGACAGUGAAGGACCUCGAUACGACCGUCGCCUUUUACCAAGAAACCCUCGGCAUGCAACAUACCUCCUUUGGGGCAGCGAAUGAUCCGAGAAUCCAACGACAUGCCCUCAAAUUUGGCGGUCAGAAGAUCAAUCUCCACGUUAGCGGCAAGGAGUUCGAGCCCCGAGCCCAAAAUGUGCAGCCUGGGAGCAGUGAUUUGUGCUUUCUCAUAGAGGACAACGUCGACGGCGUACUGGCUAAACUGAAAGAGAAGAAGAUUGACGUUCUUGAAGGCGGGAAGGUUGUUCAUCGAACCGGCGCUCAAGGCGCGCUGCGUAGCGUCUAUAUUCGUGAUCCCGACGGGAAUUUGAUCGAGUAA